AUGAGGAAUGCCAGCCGGCCGUCCAUCUCCGGCAUCUCCACACUUUCUCGGCUGUUCUCAUGGGUCACCGACAUGACCACAUGCCCGAAGAAAUACCGGUUGAUUGUGUAUGCAUUCGGGCGGAAGGGCACUACCUCGGCGUGGCUGCAACAUUUACGCACCGAGCACCACAACACCCCGCUACUUUCCAAUCACUGCUGCACUAUGCGUUCCACUCUCGGCCCUCUUCUCAACAGUACCGCAAAGGACCUUCUCGGCAAGUUCGCCCGGCAGGAGUUGCGCCCGACGGGCAAUGGAGAAUUACCAUACAUAGCAAUGAUCCAUUAUACGUCGCUGGCGGCCAUGAUGCUCGGCUUCGAGCGGCUGAUGAAGCCUGAUGUGGCCGAGGAACUGGGUCUCGGGGAAGUGAUGGACAAGUACUGCACGAUCAUGCUGCCGGAGGGUAAGACCCAGGAGGAGGUCCUGGUGGACAUGAUCCUCGGCUUCCGAGCAGCGGAUGUCGCUCAACCGCCGCAGCCGGAGACAUCCUCGCUGCACGCCGAGCACUCUGGUGAACCAGAGGGGCAGGUCGGUGCUUGGAUGGAAGAUCCGCCUCAAGUCCGGGAUCAAAUCGAAGAUGCGCUCGAUGACAUCACGACCGAGCAGGCCAAAAUCCAAGAGAUGGUCGCCGAGCAAUUGAAGGCCGCCCAACAGCAACUCCAGCAUCUUGAUGGCCGGCUGCAUGUGGAGAAGCUCCGGGACGAAGUGAGAGCUCACACCGACCGCAUCCACCUCCCUGUGCUCCCAAAAAUACCCGAGCCAGGUGUGAUCUCACCGGAGAACAUGCCCCCAAACGUGCCAGUCCAAGCCCUGAAUUGGUUGGACAGUCUCGGCGAAUCGAUGGCCGGCAUGGAUCUAUACAUCCAGGCAGAGGUGGAUUACUGGCGGGCGGUGGACCGAGUGAAGGCGGCCGAGUUAGCGGUCUUGCAGCCAGGAGAAGCGCCGAGUGCCGCGGCGGGCUCUUCGCCACCCCGUCCUGUCUCAGAGUCGCAUGAUGGAUAG